GAGAGAGAAAGAGAGAAAGAGAGAAAGAGAGAGAGCAUCCCUGGAGAGCAAACCUACCCGACAAUGACGUCAGCAGCAGCAGAUGGCAUCAAUGUCUUUACUGCUGGAAGAAUAAGAGAAGCAGAGGAGAGGAGAGGAAAGGAGGGAGAGAGGGAGGGAGAAGGACUGGUUUUUGCUGUCUGGAAGCUUCAAGAAGAUGCACGCGGAAAUUUUUACGCCAAACCUGGGUGAGAGGUUCACCAUCCACUGACAGGAGGACAAUUCCAUUCAAAUGGACCAAAUCUGUGUCUGUGUGAGGCCGAGCCAACUAACUGAAAAACAAUAAUCCAGGAAAACAUGUUAACUUUGCCAUUUGACGAGCCGCCCCCCACCCGGAGCAGCAGUCCCUUCAGGACCAGCUGGGCUUCCAACCAAUUAGUCCAAUCAGUGAAGACAGAGCCCGGCAGAGCCCCGGAGGAGUCCGAGAGGGAGGAUGAGGAGAGGGAUGGCGAGGAAGAGGAGGACGAGGAGGAACAAGCGGGAGGUCUGAAAAUAAGGGGCCCUCAUAAAAAGAAGCUGAGCCAGGCUCGGCUGGACCGGGUUCGACUUCGGCGCAUUGAGGCCAAUGCGCGUGAACGGAACCGGAUGCACGGUCUGAACAACGCGCUGGACAGCCUGAGAAAAGUGGUUCCCUGCUACUCCAAGACGCAGAAGCUGUCCAAAAUAGAGACCCUCCGCCUGGCCAAGAACUACAUCUGGGCCCUCAGUGAGAUCCUGAGGACCGGGAAAAGACCGGACCUCCUCACGUUCGUUCAGACUCUGUGCAAGGGUCUCUCUCAGCCCACCACUAACCUGGUGGCCAGCUGUCUGCAGCUCAACGUCCGCAGCUUCAUGUCGGAGCCAGGAGAGGAGUCUUUCUCCCUCUACCCAGCCUAUCAGUAUCACCACGGACCCGAGGGAGUGGGCUCGAGCUCAGCGGACAGCGGCAGGCCCUUGCGACCCUCUGGCUCCUUCUGUGGCCCUUACAAGGCACCCUAUGACAGUCCUUCUCCAGACUGCUCCAGCCCUCUGGACGCAGUAACCCUCAGUCCACCUAUCAACUUCAACGGGAUUUUCACCCUCAAACACGAGGACUCGGUGGACUACCGAAGCUGUCACUACGGCCUCCGUUACUGCUCCAUCAGCCAAAGCUCCUCCGCUGAACUGGGCCCGUAUGACGUCCACCUCCGGGACCAGUUCUACCAGGUCCAGGAGAAAUCAAACAAACAUUUCCAGAGCCACAUAGGCGGCGAUUAAACACAAUCACAAUUAAAGCGCAAUCAAUCAUAGAAAACAAUAUUACAAUGUAAAUCUGAUGACGUCAGUGUUAAUUGUCUGGAUACCACGUGCAUCCAGUGAAGAAUGUUGUGUCCAUUGAUUGAUCAUUUUUGAUUUGCUCGUUUCAUUUUUCAUUUGUUUUGUUGUGUGUUAUUUAUUUUUAUUCUUCGACAACAAAGAAAGAAUCAGUACUAUGCAAUGAAACACACACACGCCCGAUUCUUCUUAUUAUUAUCAUCAUCAUUAUUAUUGUUGUUG